AUGAGAGCAAAUACCGUUGAGGAAGCCUUAAAUUUACGCAAUGACUUAAUUCAGCUUCUAGCCAAAGGGGGAUUUAGUCUCAGAAAAUGGGCCUCAAACGAGCCUAAACUAGUUGAAAACUUAGUCAGUGACUCCGAACAAGGCCUUAUGGCUCUAGACUGCUCAGAUACAAUUAAAACCCUCGGAUUAAUCGGACCUAUAGUCGUUAUUGCAAAAUUGCUAAUUCAAGAUUUGUGGAAAACCAAACUGUCAUGGGACGAAGACGUCCCAUCAAAAUUUCUUCAAGGGUGGCUCGAAUAUAGCCGUCAACUCCCUCUUUUGAAUCACGUUCAAUUUGAUAGAUGCAUAACAAUAAAAAACAAUGUAAAUUUUCAAAUUCACGGCUUCAGCGAUGCUAGUGAGCGUGCCUACGGAGCAUGUCUAUUCAACUAUUACACUUCAUUGGGUAAACACACCUUCACACAUCCUAAAAACGUUCGUAGCAAAUCGGCUCGCCGAAAUUCAAUCUUAACACAAGUAGGAGAUUGGCGACACGUGCCCUCAAAAGAAAAUCCCGCUGAUCUCUUAUCUCGCGGUGUCACACCGGAACAAUUUUUAGACAACCUUUUUUGGAAACACGGGCCAAAUUGGCUUAGUGAACAAGAAGGGUCCUGGCCUCCAGGUCAGGCUUUCACGGGAGAACCUCUUGAAAAACGAAGUGAGGCGAUCAUCAAAAUGUUUAAAUUAACGAUUGCCGGUUACAAUCUAUUAGAAAAAUACUCAUCUUUCGAUACAUUGAUUCGAGUAAUGGCUUUUUGUAUGAGAUUUAUAAAUAACUGUAGGAACAAGAAUAAACUUGAUGAUACUACUUCCUUAUCAAUAGCCGAAAUUAAUUCCUCCAAGAAUAAAAUACUGCAGCUAUUACAACGCUCAGCUUUCGCAAGGGAAUUUAAACAUUUGUCCGAAACCAGACCCCUUGAUCCCAAAAGUAGUUUGUUGUGCUUAAACCCAUUCCUUGACGAUGGCAUAAUCAGAGUAGGAGGUCGAUUAGAACGAGCACACAUCCCAGAAGAUCAAAAAUAUCCCAUUGUUCUACCCAAAAAUCAUCAUGUAACUAAAUUAAUAAUCAGAAAAGAACAUGUACGGAAAAUGCAUGCAGGUGCUCAGGCAACACUGUAUGCAAUCCGAGAGGAGUUCUGGCCCAUUGGCGGCAGAAAUAGUGUGAGAAUGGUCAUUCGUCGGUGUGUAUCAGGUUUUAGGGCCAAACCAAUCGGAUCAAUUCCUCUAAUGGACAAUCUCCCUGAGACCCGAAUAUGUCAAAGUCGUCCAUUUUUAAACACCGGCAUUGAUUAUUGCGGUCCUUUUUUCGUUAAAGAAAAACGACAUAGAAAUUUAAAACGAAUCAAGGCAUAUGUAUCUGUCUUCGUCUGCUUUGCGACCAAGGCCGUACACUUAGAGUUAGUGUGCGACCUAACAACCGAAGCCUUUCUCGGAGCACUUAAGCGAUUUUGUGCGCGUAGAGGCAAACCGAAUAAUAUAUACUCAGACAAUGCUACGAAUUUCGUGGGGGUCAAGUCAUUUAAGCAGCACUUGAUUAAAACAGUCGGCAACACUUUGUUGACCUACGAUCAAUUAGAGACCUAUGUGGUGGAAAUUGCAGGAAUUCUUAACUCCAGACCAAUAUCACCUCUCUCAAACGAUCCUAUUGACCUUCUCCCAUUAACACCUAGCCACUUCCUGAUAGGCAGUUCAUUAUCCACGAUCCCUCAAGCCAAUUUAGAGAAAACACCAACUGGCCGAUUAUCAGCAUGGCAACAUGUUCAAAUGUUGCGCCAACACUUUUGGAGACGCUGGCAUCGAGAAUAUCUUCACCAAUUAACUAACAGAAGCAAGUGGCGAAACAACCCAACAGAUGAAGAAAUCAAGGUUGGUAUUUUGGUUCUUCUCAAAGAGGACAACCUACCUCCUUUAAGCUGGAAAUUGGGACGCAUCGUGGAGGUGCACCCAGGUCGAGACAACGUCAUUCGGGUAGUGAAGUUACGAACAAAUUCCGGAACAUACACCCAUGCAGUCGCACAAUUGUGUCCACUGUCAAUUUUUUAA